AUCUCAAUACAGUUCCGUUAAAAGAGGGUGCAACUAUUACAGUAACAAAGUUGGGCACCAUAUGAACUGGACAUUACCAUAUGCGGGAACGAAAAGGCACGUGACUUUUACCCGAUCCCGUGCGUGUAUUGUACGAAUAUAUUGCAUGUAAACAAUCGAGGUAAACGCCCCUCAUGACUGCGACUUGUCAGCACAGCACAUAUUGAUGAACUAACAGAACACUUCCAAAACAGAUGGCUCAAAAUUUCAAAAUUUCCGUGGGAAUACGACACCCGUCUACUGAACGAGAGGCACACUAUAAAGAAGAUGGUCUGCGAUUUGGGACUCAGAAAACUGUGAAAUUGUGCGUGCAAACUGUAUACGAACUACAGUUUAGAAUAAAACCGCAUAGGGAAUUAACGAAUGUUCAAGUGGAUGGGGUUGAUCUUGCCCUGAAAGAGGCGAGUAAAUCCGAGGAUCAGAUUGUCUACACAGCUGAUUGGGAUACUCAAUAUUCCUCCGUGACCAAGAAGGCCAAUAGGUACAGCAUGCUAGUACUAAUAAAUAUCAAGGAUUUGGGGACAAUGAAGACCACAAUACAGAGCAAGUUCUACAACCCAGGAGACAGCCAUCUAACAUGGGGAAGUCGCUUGAAUAAUUUGGAAUAUGAUUGUAAGGUGAACGAGGACAGAGCGUACGUUGAUAUUGUGAAGGAAACAUUCAGAUGACGAUCUUCCAGGGCCAUGACUUGGUUGAGGCAGAUGCCUCCGGGAAGUGGUCCUACACGUAACAAGGGGUGGUUUACUCUGUCAUAGUUGAUGGUUUAUUUCAAUGUGACAUUUUUUUCAACCUCUGACUGCGGGUCAUACUUCUACCGCAUAUUACACAGAAGACAUUUAGCGUGAACGUAUAUUUGAAUUUAGUUUCUUAAAAGAAAUUUUGUAUACUGUUUCAAAAAAAAAAAUAAAUAAAUAAAUAAAUAAAUAAAAUAAAAUAAAUAAAUAAAUCAAAGUUCUAUUAUACAGAUCGCUGUCGAUGAGUAGCUCAGUUUACUGAGUAGAUGAUGUUAGUGAAAACUAUCAGAUUUCAAAUUUCCUACAGUGUAGUGUAUUUGUUCAUAGAACUGGUUACAGGAGAACCCCUCUUAUGUUACGAAUCAGACAAGGGGCCACAGGACGUUUUCAAUGUUUGGCUCUAUCAUAGAUCUAUGACUCGAUCGAGAAUAGUUUGUCAUAAGUCAUAGCUUAAUUGGUGCUAAUUGUGUUUAUAUAUUUCAACUUUUUUUCGUAUGCAAUAUAAAAAAAUAUUUUGUGUUAUAAAUUCUUUAUAGAUAUAUUCCCUUACAGAUAUAAUAUUUUUGAAAUAAAAGUUGUUUAAUGGCU